UUCAAUCUCUCUCCCCCUCUCUCUCUCCAUCCACCUCACUCUCUCUCUCUUUUUUCUCUGCUCUCCUUUCUCAAAAAAGCCAUGACGGCGAUCCCGCGAUCCAUCCUCGCUUCCGCGCUAUCUUUCUAUUAUUUCUAAUUUAUUUUAUUAUUAUUUUGGGUUUUUUUUUUUUUUUACUCCGUCUCCUCCACCUCCUCUGGUAGAUGUCCAAGGCGUUGGAUGAAGAUCUUUUCUCUCUUUUUUCCCCUCCUCCUCUCCUCUGUCACCCCGGCAUCUCCCCGAUGUGAUCCGCGCUGAACGCAGCCGCUGAACAGCCACCAUGUCUCGCCGCAAGCAAGGCAAACCGCAGCACCUGAGCAAACGGGAUUUCUCGCCAGCCGAGCCCCUCUCCACGGCCGUCGUCUCGUCGGAGGAGCUGUCGGAGCGCUGCUCGGAGCACUCGGAGGACAGCGGCAGCCUCAACGGCCACCAUCCGGUCCCCACCGCGGGCCGGUUGGCCCGGCUGGGUCCGGACUCUCACCCCUCGCCGGAGCAGGACCUCCUGACCUGCGGUCAGUGCCAGGCCACCUUCCCCCUGGCAGACAUCUUGCUCUUCAUCGAGCACAAGAGGAAGCGAUGCCACGGGCCACCCUGCCUCGCCAUAGGCAGGGGGCUGGACAAGCCCCCUUCGCCCUCCCCCGGUUUGGCCCUCACCCCUUCACCCGCUCUGAACUCUCUGCGUGGCCGGAGGCCGGUUGAAGUCGGGGUUCAGGCCACUCUAGCAGACGAAGACGACGAGAGGUUCUCGUCGCCUCGGGGGAUUUGCCCAAAGCAGGAGCCCCUCCCAGGUAAACAGAGCAACAUGCAUCACCUCCAGCUCUACAUGAACACAGGCGCGGCAGGCUGCAGAAAAACAGGUAAGGAGGAGCCAACCACGUACACCUGCACAACGUGUAAGCAGUCAUACGGCAGCGCCUGGUUCUUGCUGCAGCAUGCUCAGAACUCCCAUGGCUUUCGAAUUUACCUGGAAAGUGAACAUGGCAGUCCUCUCACCCCACGCAUGGGCGGGCCUUCUUCCCUUGGUGGUGGUGCUGACUGCCCCUCUCAGCCUCCCCUUCAUGGCCUCCAUUUGCCACCUGAUGCAAGCCCUUUCAACCUCCUCCGCAUCCCUGGCUCGGGCUCAGGGGGAAGGGACAGCGUUGGAGCAGGAGGUGCCGUUGGCUCUGGUGUUCCUGGGGGCCAUCAUCAGCGUUUCCCCCCAACACCUCCUCUCUUCAGCCCCCCUCCGCGAAACCAUCUGGAUCCCCACCACCUGAGCCCAGAGGAGCUGGCGCUGGCAGCCCACCACCCGAGUGCCUUUGACAGGGUGCUGCGCCUUAAUCCUCCUCUGCCUCUAGACCCACCUCCGACAAUGGACUUCUCAAGGCGUCUACGGGAACUGGCGGGCAACACCUCAGGGUCUACUCCCCCGCUAUCACCCAGCCGGCCAAGCCCCAUGCAGCGCUUACUGCAGCCAUUCCAGACAGGAGGAAACGGAGGUGCAGGGGGAGCAGGGGGCAGCAAACCUCCAUAUCUUGCUACUCCACCACCACUACAAGGCUCGAUGCAGUCGCCUGUGGGCUCACAAACCACUCCUCCAACCCCUCUCCCUACAGCAGGACCACCCUCUUCCUCCAACACCCAGUUGAAAUCAAAGUGUUGUGAGUUUUGUGGCAAAGCCUUUAAGUUCCAGAGUAAUUUAAUAGUGCAUCGGCGCAGCCACACAGGAGAGAAGCCGUACAAAUGUCACUUGUGUGAUCACGCAUGCACACAAGCAAGCAAACUGAAACGACAUAUGAAGACGCACAUGCACAAAUCAUCCUCGCCAAACACGGGCAAGUCAGAAGACGGUCUAUCAAUAGCCUCGUCCCCAGAGCCUGGCACUAGUGAGCAUAUAGGUAGUGCAAGCAAUGCACUUAAAUCAGUGGUGGCCAAGCUGAAAAGUGAAAAUAAUCGCAUGUUACGAGAAAAUGGGGAGGAGGAGGAAGAGGAAGAAGAGGAGGAAGAAGAAGAAGAGGAGGAGGAGGAAGAGGAAGAGGAGGAGGAAGAGGAGGGGGAAGAGGAGGAAGUACAGAAUGGGGAGAGGCCACCCAAGCGAAACAACAGCUAUCACUUCGGACUGAGCCUGGAAGGAGCACGCCAGCAUGAAAACAGCAGCGGGAUUGGAAGUCGACUGGGCGGAGUGGCUGAUGAGACGUCUAUCCCUCGCUCACUGCCAGAGGUCAUGCAGGGAAUGGGUCUGGCCGCCAGCAUGCAGCAUUUCAGUGAAGCCCUCAACGCACACAAACGUAACGCCAUGGCCCAGGAGAACCACCUGCACCACCAUCUCAGCAGAGACCAUCACCACAGUCGGGACAUGUGCGAUGGAGACUCUGUCUUGGAAACAGAACGUGUAGAGGAAGGCACUGUUUCUGCAGUAAAUGGACGAGGAGCGUCUCCUAAUGAAUCUUCUUCAAUUGGCCUCUCAAAGAAACUGCUUCUGGGUAGCCCCAGUCCACUUAGUCCCUUCUCAAAACGUAUUAAACUGGAGAAAGAAUUUGACCUGCCUACCCCCACAAUCCCCAACACAGAAAACGUCUACUCCCAAUGGUUGGCUGGCUAUGCCGCCUCUCGACAACUCAAGGACCCCUUUCUCAACUUUGGGGAUUCCAGACAAUCGCCUUUUGCAUCAUCAUCUGAGCACUCAUCAGAGAAUGGCAGCCUGCGUUUCUCGACCCCUCCAGGAGAACUGGAUGGGGGAAUGUCAGGUCGCAGUGGGACAGGCAGCGGGGGCAGCACGCCCCACCUUGGGGGUCCUGGGAGACCCAGUUCCAAGGAUGGACGCAGGAGUGACACUUGUGAGUUCUGUGGCAAGGUUUUCAAGAACUGCAGUAACCUGACAGUACACCGGCGCAGCCACACAGGAGAGAGACCCUACAAGUGUGAGCUGUGCAAUUACGCGUGUGCCCAGAGCUCCAAACUUACUCGCCACAUGAAGACCCAUGGUCAGGUGGGCAAAGAUGUGUACAAGUGUGAAAUUUGUCAAAUGCCCUUCAGUGUUUACAGCACCUUGGAGAAACACAUGAAAAAAUGGCACAGUGACCGUCCCUUGAGUACCGAAAUAAAGUCAGAGUAGAAGGCAGAACAAUGAGACCUUUUCCUUUGCAACUGGGUCGCCAACAGUCAAGUGUUUAUUCCUAGCCCCCUUGUAGAUUUGCCCCAAUCCCAACACUCCCCUUUCACCAACCUGGUGGAAGCCUAAGACCAUGUGCUCUGCACCAGCACACCUUGUUUCCAUUACCCAUCGAAUGCAUGAUCUGUAUCGGGGCAAUACUCUUGCAUUGACGCAAAACUUCGAGCCUUUCUCUUGUGCAAUAAUUUACAUGUUGUGUACUAUUUCCUUUUAUUGAGUUUUCUUUUUCCCCCCCAUUUUUAAGAAUUAGUCAGCAUGCAUAGUAUGUUUUUUGCUAAUCAAAAAAGAAAAGAAAAAAAGAAAAGAAUUUGUCCCUGGUUGGUUAGUUGUUGAGUAAAUGUGUUGCUGUUUUUCUCUCAUUCAGUUAUUUUCUUUUUAUUCUUUAAAAAGAAAAAAAGAGAAGAAAGAUACAUCCAUGCUGCGUACAUUCGGUAACACAUAUCAUGUACAGCUUUGUUUUGUAACAUGGAAAGUGAACAGUCUUUUUACUUGACCCUCUUUUUACUACCCUGGAAAUGCACUUAUCCUGAUCUUUCUAAAAGAUGCCAUGUUCACACAGGGUUUAAGAGAAGAAAAAAAAAUCAUGUAUUUGGCUUGACUACUAAACUGAAAGUGACGACAGGCCUCAAAUUUCUUUCAAAAAGACAAAAAGUGUGUUAAGAACUCAAUUUGUACUAUCAUUUGGAGGAUUAAGGAAGAGUGCCUUUGAUAUUUCAAGACUGCAUUGGCCAUAAUUUUAUCCUGAUUAAGUUUGGGGUCACACAGACGAAGCUGAAAGAAUUAGACUACACAGAAAAAGGUCCUUGCAUCAAGCACCUGACGACUCAAAUGGACAACUCAUGGUGAAAGAUCAAAAUCAUCAUUUAGCUACCUUUAACAUGUUUAAUAGGCUAUCUAUAAUUGGAAAUUUCAUGACAAGCAUGGUACAAGCAGUAUUGUGUAUAUCUGAAUUAUUUGUAGAUUUGUUUUUGGUAUGGUGGAGCUUUUGAGAGAAAGGUAAUCUGUGAUGAAAUGUACAAUCCUGAACUAGAGGGAUGAGGCGCAGAGUGUCACAUGUCUGUGUUAGCACAAACCUACAAUGCUGCUUUCAGCAUGUCAGUGUGUGGAACAAUGCAUAAAGUAAUAUGUGAGCUCAAAUUUAAGCUAACUUUACUUAAGAGCAGUG